AUGGCGCCUCAGGCGGGCGCUGGAGCGGCCGUGUGGCCGAGGCGGAGUCGUCCCUGGGUUCUCCAGAGAUCCAUAACAGGAAAAGAAAAGCACACCAAAGAGAGAUGCCUGAUUCAACGGAGAGGGGGAGACCCAAAUUCGCUUAAUGACCGCAUGUUUCCCUUAACGACUGCCAUCUUCGGCCAACUGCUCCAAGCUGGACUUCCAAUUCGCCACCUCCCCAUGGAGCUGCCGGGCCCGGCGGCUUCUGGAGACUCGAUCAACAGCAGCACGCCGGAGGACAAACUGAGUCCCUUCAACCCCGAGCUGUUGAACAUGACGGCCGAGGAACUGCGCGUAAGAUACUUGGGUCCCCGCCGGUCGGGUUUCUUCAUCCCCAUCUGCACUACUUACCUGCUGAUUUUUGUGGUGGGGGCCGUAGGCAAUAUUAUCACUUGCCUGGUGAUCGUCCAGCACCGCGUCAUGCGGACUCCCACCAACUAUUACCUGUUCAGCUUGGCCAUCUCGGACCUCCUGGUGCUCCUCCUCGGCAUGCCGUUGGAGAUCUACGAGAUGUGGAGCAACUACCCCUUCCUCUUAGGAGCCGGGGGCUGCUGCUUCAAGACCCUGCUCUUCGAGGCCGUCUGCUUCGCGUCCAUCCUCAACGUGACGGCCCUCAGCGUGGAACGCUACAUUGCCGUGGUCCACCCGCUCAAAGCCAAGUACGUGGUGACCAAGAACCACGCCCAGAAGGUCAUCCUCAUGGUUUGGAUCUUCUCCGUCAUCUGUUCCAUCCCGAACACCAGCCUACACGGGAUACAGACUCUCUACGUGCCCGGAUGGGGUGUAGUUCCCGAUUCGGAUACCUGCACUCUGGUGAAGUCGCCCUUGGUCUACAACCUCCUCAUCCAGGUCACGACCAUCAUCUUCUUCUUCAUCCCCAUGGCCGUCAUCAGCGUCCUGUAUCUGCUCAUCGGCCUGCAGCUGCGGAAGGAGAAGCUGCUGGAGGCCCUGGAGGCCAAAACGGGAAGCCGCUCCGAUUACCACAGCGUCCGCCUCCAGCAGAAGAAAGCUCGGCGGAGGCAGGUGACCAAUAUGUUGUUCAUGCUGGUGGUCGUGUUUGGCAUCUGCUGGGCCCCCUUCCACACCGACCGUCUCGUCUGGAGCUUCGUCACUCACUGGACGGACCAGAUGCAACGCAUGUUCCAGUACGUUCACAUCCUCUCGGGGGUCUUCUUCUACCUGAGCUCGGCCGCCAACCCCAUCCUCUACAACCUGAUGUCCAGCCGCUUCCGCGAGAUGUUCAAGGACGUGAUGUGCCACAGGCGGUCCCAGAAAUGGAGGUCCCACAAGCGCUCGCCCAGCAGCCUGCGCACCACCGUCCGCAGCACCGUUUUGGAGCACGUCCCAGGAAGCCAUGGGCUGCCCCUGUCUGACAUGGAGGACAACGAAGGGGGCCCUGCAGGAGACAACAUGGCUGAACGAGAAGACCCGUAUCUCUGAGGGCUUUCCCAACGGGUCGGUCUCCUUGGCGGCCUUCAUGCCAGGAGCUAAAUGCUUGUGGUGAGAAUUACGGGAAGUCCUCGAGUUCGUUUAGUGACUGUUCAAACUUACGACGGCAUUGAAAAAAAGUGACUCAUGACCGUUUUCCACACUUAACGACCGUUGUCGCAUACACCUUGGUCCUGUGAUCAGAAUUCAGUACCUUGGCAACUGACUCAUAUUUACGACGGUUGCCGUGUCCCCAGGAGUUUGACGACUUUCGGACAGCCAUUUGUCUGAAAAGGGUAGAGGGUUUCCUGCCUUAGCAGGGGGUUGGACUAGACGACCUCCAAGGUCCCUUCCAACUCUGUUAUUGUGAUACAGGUGGUCGUCGACUUACAACAGUUCAUUUAGGGAUCAUUCAAAGUUACGACGGCGCUGAAAACACGGACUUAUGGCCAUUUUCCAUACUUAUGGCCAGAUGCUUGCAAAAUUUGGAUGCUUGCAAAUUGGCUCAUUUAUGUUGCAGCGUCCUGGGGGGGUCAAGUCACCCCCCUUUUUGCGACCUUCUGACAAACAAACUCAAUGGAGAAGCCGGAUUCGCUUAACAACCGGGUUACUCAUUUAACAACGGCAGUGAUUCACUUAACAACCGUGACAAGAAAAGUCAUCAAAUGGAGCAGAACUCCACUUAACAACUGUCUUGCUUAGCCAUGGAGAUUUUUGGACUCAAUUGGGGUCAUAAGUCGAGGACUACCUUCAAUUCCUACUACGGAAGGACGGUUGCAGAAGCUGAUGGAGUUGGCCUGCAAUGGCAAAAACUGACUACUUUGCUUAAAGAAAAGAAUACAAGUACUUUUGUUUCCACGUGGAAACCGCUUCUGAACUUUGUGCUUGAGGUGGAAAAGAAUGUAACUCUUAAUUUUGGGUUUUACAGAUUAGAUUGAUAGAUUUUUAUAGAAAUGACUGGUUCACACUAUUAUGGUAAAACAAAAAGUUGUGAUUUGUGGUCCAUGCCUUAUUCUACUGUAACAGAGAGAGUCGGAAGUCAAUGUUUUUUUUUUUUCUUUUUCUUUCCCUAUCCUUCCUCACUUUUCUCUCCUCUUUUCCCUUCCCCCUCACUGUCCUCUUAUUUGCUUUUGUAUUUUAUAAUACCUUAUAACUUAAUAAAAAUUUAAAAUGUCAUAAA